AACUGCCCACUCAGCACACUCAAAUCUUUCUUCGCCUUCUUCACGAGAAUCUUCUGAUAAAAUUCUCAAGAACCCUAAUUUCUUCAAAUCCUCUCAAAUUUCUGAGAAAAUGAAUGUUGUCGGUGCAAAUGUCCACUUCUAGAAGUUAGAAGCCAAGUGCUCAUCACCGACAUUCUUUCAAAGCUAUCUGAAAAUGAUAGCCGCUCAAGAACUCUCCGAAUUUCUUCAAAUGGAGAUUCGCCUCAAAUUCGAGGAAGAAGUUCUUGAAUUCUACAGAAAUGGAGAGGUCAAAACUGCUCAUUCAAAGAAGAACCCACAGAUGACGUUUCCAGUCAUCAAGUCCACUGUUGGAGGUACAAAAGUGAAGCUUUCGCAAAAGAAAUUGGGAGAAAAGCUUCGCCUUCCCAAUUCUGGAGUUGAAGUUGGGAAAUUUCCAGUCAAAAAUCUGGACUGGAACAUCAUUGGAAUCUCUGGGCAAGUUCCUUCUGGCCCAGCGAAGAAAGCAGAUCUAAACAACAAUUACAAGUUGGUUUUGGAACUGGUCAUCGCUUGCCUCGAGUGUGGAAGUGGAGGUCAUGCCGAUGACAUCACCCAGGAGAGAGCCUUCAUCAUCAACUCUCUCAUUACCAAAACUAAGAAGAAGAAGAAUCCUCUGACCAAGUCAGUCUUCUCAAAAGACACAGAAGAUCAAGUGGUUUUCACUUCUGAAGCACAAGGUGUUUUGGAAGCAGCAGCUGAAGAUUUCCAAACACUUCCGGAAACCUCACAUGUUUCUGAAAUGGUUCUAACUGAAGUUGUAGAAGAGAAGGCAACCUCACCCCCACAAGAACAGAACCAGGAAACAGCAGAAGAAGAAGAAUUUCAGCCACUAAUCCAAUCUCACGUUUUGGAGAUUCUCACCACUCCUUGUGAGAUCUCCAAUCCUACUGAAAUUGAGAUCCCGGAAAAGUCAGCAGAAAUUCCGGAACAGUCAGCUCUUCCAGAAACAAUGGAGCAAGCUGUUGAAGCACAAAGGAAUUCUGGAGAAGCUGAAAAGGAAACUCAAAUGGCAGAACUAGAGAUCCCGCAACCUGGACCCACGAACCCUCUAUCAUCAAAGAGGAUGAACUUCAGGAAGUGGCCGGACUUCUGGGCAGAGGCUUCCGGAUUGCCCCUUUAUGGCUUGGUUCGCGACAUCUACUGCCGUUUCGGGUUCGCCCCCAGUCAAUUGACUGCAAAUGCGCACAAUCUGUUUCCCCAUCCCCAAGCUCCAAUUUUUGAGAGGGUUGAGUCAAAAAUCGACAAGUGGGCCCACCGCUACUUCGUUAUCGAGUUCCCAGUUCAUAGCCCCAUUGAUCUUCCGGGUGUUGUACGCCGUAGUUCUAUCUCCCGGACACGGUUCGCUGCUAUACCCCUGGUGGAUGCAGCAUACAAUGCGUUGAGAGAGGAACGGGGUCUGAUUUCACAUCACUCCCUGCAAGACGCUAGGUUGUACAAGAAGGCGGAUUUUUACUACCCUCCAGGCCCUAACCCCAUUCCGUUUGAAGGGGUGUCUUCCCCUGAAAGGUCAAAGGCUCCUCUUGUUGUGGAAUCCAAUCCAGCCGGGAGCUCCUCUGGAAACCAAGCCCAAGGUAAUUCCACUGCCUUGGCUAUUUGCAAGCCGGCUGCUGCCCUAGAGGCUAUCCCCAUCUCUGCUAUUCCCGGGCUGAGAAGGCCUACACCGUCCCGGAAACGGCCGCGGGAAGGGGUCACUGAUGAUGAUUUCCUUCCCAAGAAGAACAAGGGUGAUGGCACUCCAGCUUCGCCUAGCCCCAUGUCUACCUCUUCUUGUACCCAGAACACCACCCCUGCUGCCGCAUCUAGAGGUUUAGAGUUACCCCACCCGGAUAGCUUAGAUCGUGAGGGGAAUGAACCUCCUGACGAAGCAGCACUCAAAAGACCUGCGGUGCAGCCUCAGAUUGAGGUGAACAAUAUCUCCCCACCAACUGCAACUACCCCCCAAGGGGUAGAGGAAGAAGCUGAGAGGCAGAAGGAACCAGAGGCCCAGCAAUCACUCCUUACCCUAACUAAGGAGUACCUGGGUGGAGCGUGGGGAAAUUAUCGGGCCGUGAUGGUCCUGAAGGAAAAGGAGUUGGCCGCCAGGGCUCUACAACAAAAAGUUGAUUUCCUAGAACAACAAGUCCAAGCCCUUCAAGGAGAGAACGCCAAACUCAAGGCAGAGGGCUUGGCGGAACUGAUGGCUGAAAGGUCCAGGGUCAAGUCCCUACAAGAGCAGAUUGCUAUCUACCAAAGGGGGACCCGGGAUCUGGAAACGCAGUUCGACAAACUCUAGGUGCAAAUCUCCACCCUGGAGUCAAAGGCCUCGGCUUUAGAAGACAAAGUGGGGAGUCUAAAUGUAACGUCCUACAAACCGGCCUAGUUUUAAAUAAAUAAAUAUUAUUCAUUUAUUGAGACUCAUUAUUUUAAAUUAAUAAGUAUUGAGAUUUCGAUCUCUUUAAAUGGCUUUCCAAAGCUAAUGUAUUUUAAUAUAAAAAGAUGUUUUAAUAACGGACCUCUCAACAUUAAUUAAAUAAAUUAAUUAAUGAUUG